UGUCUGUUCAUGUGGGGCAAUGGAGAAGGUGGUGUCCUGGAGACUCGGAGCCCUGCUGUCUCUGACUCUGCUGUGGGUUUUCCCAGGUGAUUUGCAGAAAGUCGAGAUGCCAAGAAAAGACAUGGAAGUAAUCAAGGGCCAAAUGGUGGUUCUGGAGGCCUGGUACACCCCUACAUCCGUCAUAGAGAAGAAUACAGUCAUUUGGAACUUCAUGGCCAGCGACUCCAAACAAAUCAUCUCCUACACCUCAGGCCAGAUCGGGAUGGGGAGUCCUGAGUUCAGGAAGCGUGUCGGAUUUGCCAUGUCCAUGCCCUCCUCCAAUCUGUCCAUCUACAUCAACAACACGCAGGAGUCAGACUCAGGCCGCUACCUCUGUAACGUCAUCAUUCCCGGAGCUCCAGGCUUGUCUGGGGAGCUGACACUCAAUGUGAAGGUUCCUCCCUCCACCCCAGUGUGCUCUAUGACUGGAGACCCUGUGCUGAGGGGGAAUGUGACGCUCAGCUGCAAGUCCAGCCACGGCAAACCUGUCCCUCAGUACAAAUGGACCAAAGCUGCUCCUCUCUCAGAGGUCUUCUUCUCUCCAAUGCAGAAGUGGAGGUCGUGUCCUCAGCCUGUGCUUGUGCUGGGUUACCUGGAUGAGAGGCAAGGCACCCUCAGGUUGAGCAACCUGACCAAAAACAUGUCCGGCAAAUACGUCUGCAGGGCGAGCAACACGGCCGGGAGUGAUAGCUGCCACAUCAACUUGGAGGUUUCUACUCCCAACAACGCCUGGCUGAUAGCAGGAGCCACAGUGGGCUCAGUGGUGGGACUGCUGGCUCUUGUGCUGUUCCUGAUUUUCGUCCUGAGGAGGAGCCGUGACACAGAGGAGGAAAUGGCCAAUGAUAUCAAGGAGGAUGCUCAGGCUCCUAAAAGGGUCUCUUGGGCUAAGAGCACUACUGGAUCUGACAUCAUCUCCAAGAAUGGAACUCUGUCUUCUAUAGCAACCAGCCCUCCGCCACGCGACCCUCACCACACGCCUAACAACCACUACUCGUACCCGCCUGGAGCCUGCAACACUGCCUCUGUCCUCACAGCGUCCGGCAGCACAACCGCCUACCGCCUGCGUCCAGGAGAUCCCAACCCACUCCACGGGCUGCCAGGAUACAACGGCAACAGAACACCCACCCACACCCUGCAUUACCACCAUCAACACCACCACCAAGCUCAUCCACACACACGGCCCCCCAGCUCUGACAGCAGCUCCACACACAGGACUGAAGGAGCUCAGCCACAGGCCCCCCGUCCUGCUCCCACACCCAUCAACUCUGCCACACUGUCCCGCAUGGGGGCCGUCCCUGUCCUCGUGCCCAGCCAGAACCAAGCCGGCUCACUCGUGUAGCUCAGGCAACUCUGACAACAGUGUGACUCAACCGCAGCAGAUACGCUCAUUGAUGCUCAGUGACUCUGCAAGUGACG